AUGACUUUAAUUCUAUUCUAUUUCAUCGUAUCGAUCAUUGAACACGGUCUCACAUUCAAUCAACCAAAAUUUUGUCCAGAUGCAAUUUGGAAUAGCAAUGGUACCAUUUUUUCAGGAAAAAACAUACUUACUGCUCCCCCAUCUUAUAUAUUUAUUACAUCGAAUAAUUCAAUUUACCUUGUAAGUGAACAAGGAUCUUUCAUUUAUAUCUGGUUGAACUAUUCUGUUCAUCCAACUAUAAUCAUAACAGACAACUUACAAAAUCCACAAUCAAUUUUUGUUCAAAAUGAAAAUGAAAUUUAUAUUGAUAAAGGCAGUUCAAAUAAUACAGUUGAACGAUGGAUACUGAAAAAAAAUACGAGUGUUUCAGUUAUGAAUGUUCCAUCAUCAUGUUAUGGGCUUUUCAUUGAUAUAAAUAAUAAUCUAUACUGUUCACUGAGUAAUCAGAAUCAAGUUGUGAAGAAAUGGUUGGAUGAUGACUCUUUAACACCAAUUAUUGUCGCUGGAAUUGAUCAUCCUGAUUCAACUUCGGAUGCAUUGAAUUCUCCAAAUGGAAUAUUUGUUGACGUUAAUUUAAAUUUAUAUGUAGCUGAUACAUAUAAUCAUCGUGUUCAAAUGUUUAAACAAGGACAGUUGCAUGGAAAAACUGUUGCAGGAAGUACCUCUAACAAUAUUACAGUUACUCUUCGAGAACCAACUGGAGUCACCCUCGAUGGUGAUGGUUAUUUAUAUAUUGUUGAUCGUCAUGAAGCUCGUAUUGUUCGAGGAAAAGGAAAUCGUUUUCGAUGUAUACUUGGGUGUUUUAGUACUGGUUACGAAACCAACCGUUUAAUGAGACCACGUAAUCUGGCUUUCGAUAAUAGUGGGAAUAUUUAUGUUAGUGAUGGAAUGAGUCAUCAAAUUCUCAAAUUUACUUACUAUAAUAGAUCGUGUAGUGAGUAUAAAUCAAGCGAAAAUGAUCAUUUACUAACACUUUCUACUUUAAGAUCGAAUCACUUCAAACGUAACAUCAAGACGUAUNAAAACGAUGAAUAG